AUGAAUCAAGUGCUGCAACCACCGCUGCCUCUGGCAUCGGACAACCCCUUCUCUUCCGACCAAGAGUGCAUCGAUCAAAUCGGCGCGCAUACGCAUGCGCAUCAUAACUCCUACCAGGCCGGUGCGGCUCUCUCAGACUCGGGCUCGGGCUCCAUAUCUACCUCGCCAAGCUCAAACGCCUCGUCUGCUCUCGCAUACACAUACUCGGCAUUCCCCCAGACAGUGCCCAGCACUUUCCCCAACCAGUAUUCUUUAACAAAUACAAACAGCUACUUUAACUCUGCUUGUGGGUACGGCGGCAUGUCUUCCUCUCGUCGACUUGGCGGCUAUCAAGCAGCCAGCUAUGCACCCCCCACCGGCUCCCCUGAAACGCCUCCUUUCAACCCCCAGGAAGAUUCUUAUACCAUCACCUGCGAAGGCACAACGGUGAGGCCUAGCAUCGACGCCAAGAUCGAAAAAGGCUUCUUUUACUCUGCCGAUCGUGUGUGGACAUGCUACCGGCGGAACUACUUUGCUGUAAACGUAUCGUAUCAACUCUCGCCUUGGCUUCCCAACGCUCGUCUUUACCUUGAAGGCCACGGCAAACAGCCAGAGCAGAUACAGUCCAUGGCCGUGUCCCUUGCAGCUGCUGUUGACGGCACAACCGGGAAAACUAUCGAGCUGAUCCAACACACUCCAAAGCGGGACAAAGGUCCACAGCUGGCCAUGAAGAAGGAGCUGUUGGCACCCACGCCCCCUGGAAGAGGCCACGAACACAGUGGCUACGGAUUGAACAGUUUCCACCAGUCCACAACGGUAGCAGGGCCUCAGCUUCCCCUACAAACCGAGAGCGACUCCUCGCAACAGUACUCACCUGCGAGUCAUGCCAAUAGCAAUUACCAGCACUCGUUUGAGCGUAUCCAGUUCAAGUCGGCAACGGCAAACAAUGGCAAGCGUCGCGCCCAACAACAGUACUACCAUCUCAUCGUGGAACUGUGGGCAAAUGUACAAAACUCACGAGACGACCAGCCUCGUUGGGUCAAAAUCGCUGCCCGCCUAUCGCAUCCCGUCGUUGUCCGUGGACGUUCGCCCAGUCAUUACCAAAAUGAAGGCCCUCACAACGCCGGCACGUCAAGAGGUGCACCGGGCUCAGGUCUGGGUGGUGGGGGUCAUCAUGGCCUCGGCUCGAAUGGUAGGACGUCGUACUCGGGUUACAGCAACGGCAUGUCGAGUAGCGGUGCAACCGGCAUGGGUAGCAGCAUGUACAGAGGGGGUAACACCUAUUCCUUGGAUCCAAGCCCGGUCGGCAGUCAUUCGGUCAGUUCAGCAAGCUCGCUGAGCGGAGGGCCCGUUGAGGGUCUUGUCGGCGACCAGCACAUGGUCGAAGACGAUGACACGAAGAUGAUGGAUGCCCCACACGACUACUCCUACUAUCCAUCUUCCAUCUAUGAGAACGCCCCGCCCAAACUCGAAAGUACCCUACCGUUACCAGAGCGGAGGAUUAAAGACGAAUACCCUACUACUGCCUGGCAAGGGGGCGGUUGCGGUAGAUUUGAAGGCAUGGAAAGCAGCCGUGGAUACUAUCCCGACAUUCAUGCACACACGUAUUAA